CGCCGGGCGUCGGACGGAGGCCUCUAUGGGCCACACCGACGUCGGGGCGAGAGUGCCACACGCAGCAGGAACGUGAGGCAGAGGAGCCAUUCUAGGAGGAAGAGAACGUGUGGACGAAGGUGGAGCCGGCCGGAGGGCCCGGAGAGCCUAAAGCACCGCGGCCCCAGAAGGUGCGGAGACGCCGCGGCCUGAGGCGGAAGCGUGUCGCGCGCAGGGCACUCUGGGACGCCGUGUAGUCAGCGUGUAGGCUGCACGGAAGCCUCGGAGGGUCAGACAGAAGCGACGCGGGAAGUCCGGACGCCGGAGGAGCUGCCGGAGGAGGCCCGAAGCGGACCCCGACUGCGGCCAUGGCAGAGAGGCCCGAGGACCUCAACCUGCCCAACGCCGUCAUCACCAGGAUCAUCAAGGAGGCGCUGCCGGACGGUGUCAACAUCUCCAAGGAGGCCCGGAGCGCCAUCUCCCGCGCCGCCAGCGUCUUCGUGCUGUACGCCACGUCCUGUGCCAACAACUUUGCCAUGAAAGGGAAGCGCAAGACCCUGAAUGCCAGUGACGUGCUGUCAGCCAUGGAGGAGAUGGAGUUCCAGAGAUUCGUGACCCCAUUAAAGGAAGCGCUGGAAGCCUACAGACGGGAGCAGAGAGGCAAGAAGGAAGCCUCCGAACAGAAGAAGAAGGACAAAGACAAGAAGACAGAUUCCGAAGAGCAAGACAAGAGCAGGGAGGAGGACAACGAGGAGGAUGAGGAGCGGCUGGAGGAAGAAGAGCCGAAUGAGGAGGAGGACAUAGAAAACUGAGCACUUGUGGGUGGGGGGAAGGACUGGCACCUUGGAAGGCAGUGGCCAUGUUUACGUAAAGCUUUGCCCUGCUGGGCUCAGAACUCUUAGGCCAAAGUGCCUGAGAACAUUUGAGUAAGAACUUGAUCUUCGAAAACAGCAUUUCCCAGACAUAGAGCGACCAAGAGCAGCAUCUGUUCAGCUCCAUUGAUCCGGAUGUGGUGACUUUAUUUGGCAAAAGGGAGUCUGAACAUCUGAUAAAAUUACCUGAUAAAAUCACUCUUGUUUACUUAACGCACGGUUUGGGAGGUUUCCACUGCCAGUCAUCGUGCCACUGAGAAAAAAAAUACAGAGGCAGAGGAGAAGCUCAGGCCAACCGAGGCUUGGAUCAUGGUCAGCCCCGCUGAAUUGUGUAACACUGGGCCAUGGAGCUUAUUACGGGUGGUCAGAGGGUUUGGCUUCAGGGAACUAGAAGAAUAAAGAAAUCCAGUCUGCUGUCCUUUCACUCGGCAGGAGCGGGAAUCGGCCUUUUGUUUUUCUAUGGACUUUUGGAGCCCUUGUGCGUUGUUCUUAGCAACCUGCCUAGGUGAGGGAGGGGGCCGCACUGAGGAUGUACCCGCUGAAAGCAGCAGUUCGUCAACCGAGAGUGCCAGCGUCUCACAGGGCAGGUGGACAGUCUUGCAUGAGCCUCACCGCCUGCACCGAGGGCUGGAGAUCCUCCCGGAGGGUGUGAGGCCCCAGCCCCUGCGUCUAAUCACAAGCUCCUCCGGCACAGCUGUCCCACUCCGGGCCUCUCGCCGCCUGCUGCCUUUGGUGCCUCCUUUUCACUUCCCUUCUCCUUCCUUUUCUCAGUUCUUGCCAAUCUAACAUUCCAAAGUGUUCAGUUGCUCUGAUUUCUUAGCUCUAACCUUAUGACUGGAAAUUUGAAAAAUUUCCUGCCCCUCCUUUAGGGCAGUCAGGUGGUGCUCAGGAAUCUAACAACUCCCCACUAACCAGCUGUCACUGCUCCUCCAGUGUCUCUGUUAGCCUCUUGCAGUCUUUUUCUCUUUCCCUUCAGUGCUCCAAGCACUGUUUUCAUCUCUUAAGUUCAGCACUUAAGGGAAGUGUACAGUCUGACACUGUUAAUGUAAAAAAAAAAAUACAGUGAAGUCUUGACAAAUGAGCAAAAGCUGUUGAGACGAUUAUAAUGCUUUGUACAAAUAAAGAACAUUUUUAAAACUCA